GAGCCACUAGAUGGCUCUGGCUCUGGGAGGCAAAGCUCGUGUUUUUCUCUCUCUCAAUCUCUUCAGCACUUCCUGGUUGUGCAGCUCCUGUCUUAGUCCCCAGUCCCCAUUGUGCCUCCUUUCUCCCUCCAUGCAGCACUACGCCCUGGGGCCAUGGGGGCCCGGGAACCAGCUCUGAGCAUCCCCUGGUGCCUGGGAGAGUGCAUCAGCCAGCGGGUGCUGGGACUCAGGACUCCUGAGUUCUGUCCCCGGCUCUGGCAGGGGAGUGGGGUCUGGUAGGUUAGAGGUGGGGAUAGCAGCUGGGGGUCAGUGCUUGCCUGAGGCAGCCCUUCAUAGUGGUUGUGCUUCUCUCUGCUCCAGUGAGGUUUAUCUAGUCACCCUCUGGGAUGCUCUUGCUCGGUGAUUGUGAGAGACAUGCCAAGCAAGGUGUGUGGACUCGUUCCCCGGAGCCUGUGCAGACCCCACUCCUUGCUGUACAUGUGACCUGGAGCCCUAAACCCAGAUCAUCCCUGAAGCUGGGAGGAGCUUUUUCUGCUCGCUGUUUGCUGCCUAGUCCCUAGAGCUGGCUGCAAUUUAGGGGGCUGUUUUUCAUGGAAAUUUUGGAAAGAAAAGAAACUGUUUUUGUGUCAGUUUUCCUCCCCCCCCCCCCCCCCCCCCGCCCCCUUCCUGGUUGGCAAAAUAACUCAAGAGGAGUUUUUUCUCAGAACUUUCAGUAGUUGACCAAUUUCAGCUCCUGGAGAAAAUCUCCCGCUUGCCCUGCUCUUCCUCACAGGGGCAGGAUUCCUGAUUCCCAUGGAAGCACCCUGCAUCCCAGAUCUCCAGGGCUCUGAGGACACGGAUGGGCCACAAGGCGUCCAUAGAGGUGCUGAGAUGCUGCACAGGGACGAAGAGGGGAGUCCGUGGCAGGAUGAAGCAUUGUCGGGCGAGGCGUCCGAGGGCCAGCCUGGGGCCGAGGCUCAGCCGGAUGGAACACGGGGUGAAGGGAGCGCUGAGCGGAAGACAUGCCCUGAGUGCGGGAAGAGCUUUGUCUGGAGCUCACACCUGGCGCAGCACCGGCGCACGCACACCGGGGAGCGGCCGUUCCAGUGCGGUGAGUGUGGCAAGAGCUUCAGCCGCAGCUCCAACCUAGUGAAGCACCAGGGCACCCACACCGGCGAACGCCCCUACCGCUGCCCAGACUGCGGCCGCGGUUUCACUGACUCCUCCAACCUGGCCGCUCACCUGCGCGGCCACGCCGGCCACAAGCCCCACCGCUGCCCCCAGUGCGGGAAAGGCUUUGCCCGGCGCUCCCACAUCGCCACGCACAGGCGCAUCCACACCGGUGAGCGCCCCUUCCCCUGCCCCGACUGUGGCAAGGCCUUCACCCAGCGCUCCGACCUGGUGGCCCACCGCCGCACCCAUACCGGGGAGCGCCCCUACCAGUGCACUGUGUGCGGCAAGCGCUUUGGCAUGAGCUCCACCCUGACGGUGCACUGGCGCACCCACACGGGUGAGAAGCCCUACCGCUGCCACCAAUGCGGCAAAGGCUUCACCCAGAACUCGGGCUUCCUCAUCCACCAGCGGCUCCACGCCGGAGACAAGCCCUACAAGUGCGGACAGUGCGGCAAGGCCUUCAGCGUCAGCUCCGAUCUCCUCGCCCACCGGAGGGGCCACGACGCUGGGGCUGCAGCCCACAAGUGCCCUGACUGUGGGGCUGGCUUCAGUGCCAGCGCUGAACUCCUGAACCACCAGAGCAGCGCCCAUGGGGAGAAGAUGCCACACCGGUGCGCAGCUUGCGGGAAAGCCUUCCGGCUCCCUGCUGCCCUCGGCAGGCACCAGAGGACUCACUGCCAGCAGAGAUCGCACAGCUGCUGCCAGUGUGGGAAAAGCUUCCUGCACAGUUCGGCCCUCAGCGCCCAUCUGAGGACCCACACAGGGGAGAAGCCUUUCAAAUGCACCCAGUGCGGGAAGGACUUCCGCCAGAGUUCAGCCCUGAUCAGACACCAGAGGACUCACAUGGGCUAGGGACUGGCCACACCUCACCCUUGGGGGUCAGGGGCCGGCUUGGAGAUCGAGCGGAGCAGAGGACAGGGGUCAGAUUGGGGUGGGUGCUGAGAAGCUGGGGAUGGGCUCUGGGGGAAGGACCUAGCACCUAGAUGGAGAGCUUGGGGGUGGGGCUGGGGACUAGGAUGGGAAGGAGCUGGGUGCGGGGGCAGGAGGGUCAAGUGAAGUAAAGCGUAGAGUCUGCUUGGCAUCCCCGGAGAGUAUCACACACAUCAGGGCAAAGCUUGGCAGUGGCAUGAAAGUGAGUGGGUGGGGAAUAAAGGUGGGGGCAGAGCUGGCUCAUGGAUUUCACCCCUAUGCUCAGGGUCUAACUUUUUGCCAUAUUUGGGGUCAGGAGGGAAUUUCCCCCCGGGUCAGAUUGGCAGAGACCCUGGGUGUUUUUCUCCUUCCUCUGCAGCAUGGGGCAUGAGUCACUUGUGGGUCUGAACUAGAGUAAAUGGUGGAUUCCCUGUAACUUGAAGUCUUUAAAUCGUAAUUUGAGAACUUCAGUAACUCAGCCAGCGGUUAUGGGCCUGUUACGGGAGUGGGUGGGGGCGGUUCUGUGGCCUGCGACGUGGAGGAGGUCAGACUAAACGAUCAUGAUGGUCCCUUGUGGCCUUAAAGUGUAUGAGCAAUUGGGGUCAGUUGAGAUCAUUCGAACACAGUGCUUUUUAAUACAGCCAAAUGCAAGGUCAUCUUUCUAGGACCAAGGAAUGCAGGCCAGACCUGCAGAAUGGGGACUGUACCCUGGAAACCAGAGGCCCUGAAAAGGAUGUAGGCAAAUCUACUCUGCAGUGCCGUGGGUAAGAGGGUAACUUGCUCCUGGGCUGUGUGAGCAGGGAAAUACAGAGUCAGAGUGGAGAAGGCGUGUUACUGCUGCAUGCAGCAUUGGGGAGACGGUUCCUGGAUCCUGUGUCCAGUCCUGGGGUCCACACUUCAAGAGACAGCCCAUUUUCAGUGAAAGGAAAUGCCCUUUGCCAUGCCCUGUGGAACUCAUUGCCACCUGGUGUUUCGGAGUCCAAAAACUGAACAUGUCUCAGGGAAGGGAUUGGGGGGCAGAUGGAAAGAGGGCGCUUCACACCUGCAGAGGAGCCGCGCUUCGGCGUCCAGGUGGGAAGCGAGAAUGUUCACAGUUAUCCAUUGUCACUAAUUACUCCUGGCCCCGACCAGGAGCAAACCAGCUCCUCCCACAACUGCCCACUGCAGGCCUCACACCCCUCCCUCUGAAUGGGCUGCUCCUAGGCACUGGACUGGCUAGAUGGGCCCCUGGGCUGAUCCAGGGUUGAUGUUGCCCCCACAGAUUGUGAGCUCUUGGGAGCAGGCGCUUUCUCUUUGUUCUGUGUUUGUGCGGCGCCCAGCACAAUGGGCACCUGGCCUAUAGGCCCCACAUAACUCAAAUAAACAAUAACAACCCAGCCUGGCAGUGCCGGGGGGACUGCAGUGAAGGACUGCAGCUAUUGGGGAAGGCAGAGUUUGGGAUGAGCUGUCUGUCUGUC